UCUGUUGAAUAUCCAGUUCUUUCACUGUGCAGUAUUCAUAGUAUUAAACAAAGACAAGGGAGAAAACAUGGUUUGGAAAUUGAAGUUAGGACAUAAAAAGAUGAAUUCAUGCACAUUUUUCCUUUCCACAGAAAUAUUUCACAAAAAAGAGAGUACUGUCAAACAAAAGAGGAAUACAAAAUAGACUAACAAGGCGUAUAUUUCUGUGACAUGAGAUAGGCUAUAGAGGAGUAAGGUGAAACUGAGAUUUUCAGCCUGGUGGAAUGUUGCAGCUUAUCUGCCAAGAAAAUAUUUUGUUUCUAGGUAAAUGGUUGAACUGAAAGAAAUAAAAUAUCCCCUCAUCUUUCCUUAAAUAGUUAUUUAAAACAACUAUUUCUUACGUCUGACCUUGACACCUUUCAAAGGAAAAAGAACAGCCUUGGUUCACCGAAUGGAGCACAAGAAUGCAGGAACGUACUAGCUAAACCUGAUUCUAGCACCACAUGGACUUGAAUAAAUUAUCUAACUCGUUUCACUUAUCCGCCUAUAAAAUAAGAAGAAAAUACGUUAGGAAAGUAAGUUAGCAAAAUUGUCAAUAGCAACAUCUUUUUGUAAUAUGGCGAUCUAACAGUGUCUAAUCUUUCUCACCAUGAAAACAAUUACAAAAAGAUUAUGAAAAGAUUUUUCACUAUGAAAAAGAGUCAUACUUUUUGCUGAAUAGCUCCAUUACCUUCAUAGGUGGUAGCCUUUAAAUUAACAAAUAGGAGAGCCACUUUGUGCUGUCCUUGCUCUUCCCUCUUUUUUGGAGGUUGUGAGGUAGUCAAGGGUGUUUAACAGAUACCCUUGGCUCGUUUCCUAAUGGAGCUAGAAGGCACAUAGAUAAUGUGGUCUUUACUACUAUGCUGACUCACCCAAAAUGUCCAUAGAAGAAUAAUGGAAGCCCCUGAAUACCUUGAUUUGGAUGAAAUAGAUUUUAGUGAUGAUAUAUCAUAUUCUGUAACUUCUCUCAAGACCAUUCCAGAAUUGUGUAGAAGGUGUGAUUCACAAAAUGAAGACAGAUCAGUUUCCAGCAGCAGCUGGAACUGUGGAGUCUCAACUCUUAUUGGAAAUGCACAAAAACCAUCAGGAAUUGCAGAUGUGUGCAAUAAAUUCAGACCAGUGAAGAGGGUUUCCCCAUUAAAGCAUCAGCCAGAAAGCUCUGAGAACAAUGAAAGUGAUGACUGCAAGAAUCAGAAGGGAGAAUACCAGAAAGGUAGUGAUUCUCAGUCUGCCUCUCCAAAUGAUGACCAGAGUCCAGAAGAAGAAGAGAGCCUUAAAAGCAAAAACAUUGAGCCUGCUGUUAUGCUUGGGGAGCUGGAGCACUAUGACCUGGAUAUGGAUGAAAUUUUGGAUGUGCCUUAUAUUAAAUCAAGCCAGCAACUUGUUCCUUUUACAAAGGUAGUUCCUGAGAAAAAACUUUUGGGUGUGUGUUCAACAGUGAAUGGUCUUAGCAGCAAGACCUGCUCUGCAGGGAACACAGAGAGCUCGCCUGCUAAUAGCAUGCAGUUCUAUGUGCUGUCUCCUGUGAAAGGCUCUCAGCUGAGAAAAACACAGCCUAUUGUCCUUGAUCAGCACAAGCAUUUAACAGAAGAAUUAGAGCUUUCCCAGCCUUUAGUGAAGUGUAGCUCAGUCCAUGAAUCCGAAGCCCAGGGUAAGGGCUUCCUCAGCAGGACAUUUGUUGAUCCUCAUGCUCACAAAACUGAGAAGACUAUGCCAAACUGCCAUCUGAGGACUUUCCACCUGCAGACAGCAGUGGCAGAAAACAAGCAGCUAGAGGAACUGAGUAUGAACUGGAACAGUGUAGGGGGCCCAGAAGAGAGGAGCGAAGAGGGAAAAAAAAUUAAGAGCAUCUUAAAUAUUGUAAAGGAAGGCCAAAUAUCUUUACUGCCACAUUUAGCUGCAGAUAAUCUGGAUAAGAUCCAUGAUGAGUGUGACAACAACCUGUUACAUGUAGCAGCAUCAAGGGGACAUGCAGAAUGCCUGCAGCAUCUCACUUCUUUGAUGGGUGAAGACUGUUUGAAUGAACGAAACAUUGAGCAGCUAACUCCAGCUGGAUUAGCAAUAAAGAAUGGCCAGCUGGAGUGUGUUCGAUGGAUGGUGAGCGAAACAGAAGCUAUUGCAGAAUUAAGUUGCUCAAAAGACCACCCAAGCCUUAUUCACUAUGCAGGUUGCUAUGGCCAGGAGAAAAUCCUUCUGUGGCUUCUUCAGUUCAUGCAAGAACAGGGAAUUUCACUGGAUGAAGUCGACCAGGAUGGAAAUACUGCUGUUCACAUAGCUGCUCAACAUGGUUAUCUAGGAUGCAUACAGACAUUGGUUGAAUAUGGAGCAAAUGUCACCAUGCAAAACCACGUGGGAGAGAAACCCUCACAAAGUGCUGAGCGACAUGGGCACACCAUGUGCUCCCGCUACUUGGUAGUUGUGGAGACAUGUAUGUCAUUGGCCUCUCAGGUGGUCAAGCUAACUAAGCAGCUAAAGGAGCAGACAGUGGAACGUGUUACAUUACAGAACCAACUCCAGCAGCUUUUAGAAGCCCAGCGGUCUGAGGGCAAGUCACUGCCCAUGUCCCCAAGCUUACCAUCAUCUCCUGCUUCUGGCAAACCCCUGUGGAAACCAUCUGAAGCAGAUGAAUUGUCUCCACCAAAAAGUAAAUCAAACACCCAAGAUGGGAUUCAUAUUCUUGGCAGCUUGGGAACUUCUAGUCGCACUCGAGCCAAGACAAAAGAUGAGGACUCAGAUAAAAUCUUACGCCAGUUGUUAGGGAAGGAAAUCUCUGAAAAUGUCUGUACGCAGGAAAAGCUGACUUUGGAAUUUCAGGAUGCUCAUGCAUCCUCCAAGAACGUGAAGAAGAUUUUGCCAGAGAAGAGGGAGCUGAAGUUAGCCAGACUGAGGCAACUGAUGCAGAGGUCACUUAGUGAGUCUGACACAGACUCGGCUAAUUCUGAGGACCACAAGAACACCCCUAUCAAAAGAACUGACAAACCAAGGCCUCAGCCCAUAGUGGAGAGUGUUGAGAGCACAGAGAGUUUGCACCUGAUGAUUAAGAAACAUACUUCCGGAGGAGGACGCCGCUUCCCUUUUGGUAUCAGGGUCUCCAAGUCUGUGGAUGGCCACAGUCCUUCCCCUACUUCAGAGAACAGUGAUCCGGAUAAUGAAGCCCCUUAUCAGCCUGGUACUGUUCCUCAGAGCCAGUUUUGUGGAGAUAACUCUCCAUCCAGCAUGGAUGCUGCUCAAAAGGUUGCCACCAGCCCUAAGAGUGCUCUCAAGUCUCCAUCUUCAAAGCGCAGAACCUCCCAAAAUUUGAAACUUCGAGUAACUUUUGAGGAGCCUGUAGUGCAGGUGGAGCUAGCAGAACCAGAACUAAAUGAGGAAAAGGAUAAGGAGCGGGGCAAAGGACUUGUGCGGGCUCCACCUGCUUCUGGUGAGACAGCAGGGGAUCAGCUAAAAAGGCCUUUUGGAACCUUUCGGUCCAUAAUGGAGACACUGAGUGGCAACCAAAAUAACAACAACAACUGUCAAACAGCUAACCUGAUCAAAACCUCAUCUACACUGCCUUUUGCCUCAUUAGGAAGGAAGAUGGCAGACAGCAAGGGAAAUCCAGCAGCUCUCACAAAAGGAAGAAACAAGCCAGGUCCUUGCUUCAGCUACACCAGUCUUUCCUCUAGCAUGCUGAAUGAAGAACUUCUGUGUAACUAUGCUUGUGUUAAAAGAGAUAUAGGGCCCGUAUCAGAAAUAGAAUUGCUACUUGCCAUUUUUCCUCUGGCUUUUGCCACCAUGUUCUACUUAAGUAGACACUUAAAGCAUGAUGACAUCAAUGGGAAAAGCCAGAAACCCAACAGUCAAAAGAGUACUGAAGAGCCAGAGCUGCAGGAAUUCUUCCUCUAAACCAUAUCUUUACUUGUCUCACUUUGUUUGAAAUAUAUUCUUUUUGAAAAAUUAAUGAGACAUGUUCCUCACCAGCAAAACAGCAGCUGUUAGGAUGCCUUAAUUUGUAGCAGUUAGACCAUAUACAAAACAUUUUAUGAUAUAUGUGUAUAUGUAACUUGUUUGUAAGCUGUGCUGUGUAAAGGCAAGAGUGAGCAAAAGUAACAAUUUGAAAAUUGUUAUGACACAGGCAACCUGCAAAAUGUUUGUUGGGCCACAGAACACGUUUUGUACUUUGUGUCUUGCAUGGAUAUAUUGUCAUAUAUCUUUAUUCCCCUUUGUCAAUGGCAUAUACUGUCAAAGUUUCAGCCAGGACUCUGCCUGCUCAACUCCUCAGUGAGACCAAGGCAAAAGCAUUGAUUUUUUUGAGUAUGUUUUGUCUGUUGUUAUUUCUGUUUUUUGUAAAAAGGAAAUAAAGAUGAUGUUAAUAGGA